AUGGAACUGUGGAAAGCUAUUACCGCACAGCCCAUUGUGGCCAUCGCCGUGGCUGGAGUGAUCUAUACAGUGUCAUUGGCAGCAUAUCGGCUAUGGCUUUCACCACUCGCUCCUUUCCCUGGACCAAAGUUGGCCGCUCUGACAAUGUGGUACGAGUUCUAUUACGAUUCCUUCCUCGGAGGCCAGUACACCUUUCGAAUCGCUGAGAUGCAUCGCAAAUACGGCCCGAUUGUGAGAAUUAGUCCAUUUGAAUUACACAUCGACGAUCCAGAUUACUAUGAAAUCUUAUACUCUCGAGACAAACCCAUGAACAAAUCGAUACUUUUGACUGGGAUGUUUGGGGCACCGGCAUCUGCUUUCGGGACAGUCGAUCACCACCGUCAUCGGAUACGCCGACAACCUAUGAACCCAUUCUUUUCUCAGCAGCGGAUUCGACAAUUGGAGCCUGUGAUCCGGAAAAUGGUCGACAAGCUAUGCAAAGGAAUGGGAGACUGGAAGGAGAGAAAUACACCGCUGCAUGUUUAUCAUGCGUUCAAUGCCUACACAACGGACGUGGUUGUAGAGUAUACUAUGGGUCAAUCGUUCCAUUAUUUGGAUGACCCGGAAUUCACACCGCAGUGGUCGAAAACAAUUGGGGCGAUUGUUGAAGUUGGAAUGCAACUCAAACAGUUUCGCUGGGUCUUUGCCUUGUUUGAGCUGCUUCCACGGUGGCUAGUUUUGAUUCUCAAUCCUCACGUCGGCCCAGUAAUUGAUCAGAGAAUCGAAAGUUUGCGGCUAGCGAAUUUGGUCAUUGAUAGUCAGGCUGCUGGCGGGAACCCGACAGAUGAGAAGGCUACCGUGCCGAAAGGUACAUUGUUUCAUGCGCUGCUCGAUAGCAAACUUCCCCCAGAGGAGAAGGCCGCUGGCCGCCUCAGUCAAGAGGUUUUCACUGUCAUCUCAGCUGGAGGCGAAACAACUGCGAAGAAUUUGACGACACUCACCUUCCAUCUACUUGAUAACCCCGACAAGCUACAAAAGCUACGUGACGAGCUCAACCGACUCGAUCCCGAUCGAACAGCAACUUUGGUAGAGUACGAGGCAAUGCCGUACCUGACAUCCGUUAUGCUGGAGGGUCUAAGAAUCACAAACGCCGUAUCAUCAAGGCUUCAACGCAGCUCCCCAGAUCAAGCUAUGACUUACAAGGACUGGGUAAUUCCUCCUGGUACACAUGUGGGAAUGACCAGCCUAUUUAUGCACCACAAUGAGGAUAUCUUCCCAGACUCGCAAAGCUUCAUCCCAGAGCGAUGGAUGGACCCAGCGCAGAGGAAAGCUCUCGAGAAGUAUCUAGUUGCUUUUAGCAAGGGAUCAAGGCAGUGCAUUGGCAUCCCUCUCGCGCGGGCGGUGAUUCUUUUAGGAAUCGCCACCAUUUUCCGGGAGUUCGAUUUGGAGCUCUACGAGACUACAGUAGACGACGUUCGAAUCGUACGCGACAUGUUUGUUGGUCACCCGCGAAAGGAAAGUCAGAGCGUUCGGGUUAUGGUACAUGAUCGAAAUGGACAUACUGGGCAGAGUGACAAGUCACUAUAA